AUGGAUGAUCUCCAGCGAGCUCGAGAUGCCGCUGUUGCCGAGGACAAGCACCUUUUCGUAAAAAACCACACGUUCUACGUCUGGGAACCAGCCAGCCUCUCCCAGAGUAUGUGGGGAGGGGAAAUGGCACGCCCUUUCGCUGUGCUCCCUGGCCAGGGCAUAGGCGGGUCUGCAUCAACAACAAGGACCAAUCCGACUUUCUUCCCGGAUGACUUUAUUACUUCGUGGCAGCCUGUUUUCCUUAUCCGCCACCCAGCUCUUACCUUUGAGUCAUGGUAUAGGGCUGAGCUCCGUGUCGAACCUAUCGAUAUCAACCUCAAGUCAUGGAAUUACCUGACGACUUUCCAGUACUCUCGGCAGCUUUAUGACUGGUUCAUGUCAAAUUGCUCUAAUGAAGAUUGCGAAAAGGAAAACGACUCGGUGACCAUGGGGAAACCUCGGCCGGUAGUCAUUGACGCAGACGAUGUGAUCGAUGGCAAGGCUAUGUCAAAGUUAUGCGAAGUGUGUGGCAUGGAUCCAGAGCAUAUCAGGUAUGAGUGGGAAGAGUCACGACCUUCGAAUACUAGAGGAGCCAAUCCCCGCGAAGUAAGCUAUUUGAGCGGGAUAUGGGAUUCAACAACUAUUGAUAAAUCGAAAUCCUCGCAGGGGUUAGAUGUGGCUGCCAAAUACGACCAAUGGAAAGAGGAGUUUGGAAUUGUUGCGGCAGACGUACUUUAUACAAAGGUCAAGAGCGCUAUGCCAGACUAUGAAUAUUUAAAGAGUAGAAAGUUAUAA